AUGUGGCUAACCAAGCAUGUAUGGAUGAAGGCUUAUUUUGAGAUUUUGCAGCCUCCUGGGACUCUGUCAGCUCAAUUGCCAGCAACAACCCCGAGCCCUGAUUUGCCAAUUACACAGACGAAACCACAAGAUGGUAUGACUACUACGAGCAACGCCGCUCCAAACGAGAGAAUACAAAACAAGCCGCCUACGAAUGACAAUAGCCAUCCGAAUCAUGAACCACAGCACCCUGCACCGCCUCAUCUCGAAUCACCCCAAAAACCUGAACCAGCUCACCCCGAGCUGCCUCACCAUGAGCCACCCCAGCGGCCCGAACAACCUAAACCCGCCAAACCUCAGCAACCCGAGCCAGCUCAGCACCCUAAACUCAACUCAGAUCCCAAUCGUCAAUUCGGUAUCUCCUACACCCCAUACAACGCCGACAGAAGCUGCAAGACCCAAGCCCAAAUCAACAAGGACCUGGACAUCUUGACGCAGUACAAAUUUGUUCGCAUAUACGGAACAGACUGUGACCAAACUACCCUUGUAGCUCGUGCCGCCCGACUCCACAACAUGCAAGUAUUCGCCGGCAUAUACGACCUGACCGACUUCCCCACAAGUCUCAACGCCUUCAAAGACGCAGCAACUAAAGAAGACGGUACACAAGAUUGGUCUGUCUUCCACACCAUAGCCGUGGGGAACGAGCUCGUAAACGGUGGCCGAAGUACCCCGGCUGAAGUCUCCGGCGCCAUUACGCAAGCUCGUACUUUUCUCCGCGCACAGGGGUACAAUGGUCCUGUCGUGACGGUUGAUACCUUUUCCGUCCUCCUCAAACACCCCGAACUCUGCCACGCAUCAGAUUAUUGUGCGGCGAACUGCCAUGCCUUUUUUGAUGCGACCCAGCAGCCGCACAAUGCUGGACCCUAUGCUCUUGAGCAGAUGCAUGCUGUUUCGGCUGCCGCUGGCGGCAAGCAUACUAUUAUCACGGAAUCGGGGUGGCCCCACGCUGGUCAAGCCAAUGGCGAUGCUACUCCUUCCCCGGAGAACCAGCGUGUCGCUGUCGAAAGCUUGCGGCGCAGUUUUGCGCACCGGGGGGAUGAUUUGGUUCUUUUUACGGCUUUUGAUGAUCUUUGGAAAGACGAUAAUCGGUAUACGUUUAAUGCGGAGCGGUUUUGGGGUAUUCAUGAUCAGUAG